UCUUAGACGCACUUUUUUUUUUAAAUAUAUAGACAUUUAGAGCAAAUCACUUAAAAGCAUACUUUCUAUAAAUAAAAAGUUUUGGAUCAAAAUAUAAUUCAGUCGAAAUUACUAUACGAGGGCUGUAUAAAAAAUACACGUUGGAUUUUUUUUUCAGAUUAUUAUUAGUAUCAUUGCAGAGAUAAUAUUUGCUCCCCGUCAUGGGUAUAAAUAGCUAAAGGGGGAUGUUCUGUUUUUCUUUUGUAAUUGGUAGUUUACGGCCGUUCCUCUAGCAUGUAUUGUGGGUGGGUUUUAGUAUUAUUUAUAAUUACUUCAAUUUUGCCAUCAUUUAUUAAACAGAUCGAUUUGUGACACAAUUCCCUUAUUGUCAAAUUUUUCCUUCCCAAGAAAAAAAUAAUUAGGGGUUUAACACUCCAAGCAUUAAUAAAACAUGAAGGUGGUUUACCACAUCGUUUGUGACGUGCCAACCAUUUUCAACUCAUUUGCAUUUAGUUUUUCUCUCCAACGUGUCAAAAAUCAGAUUUGGUUGAUUAAUUUUCUCAGUACGAAAAAUUAUAGCCGAUUAGAGAUUUUCCUUCUGGCUAUUGAUCAAGAAGUGCCUACUGCCACUAAUCACAUACCCCCUCCCUUUAACUGUAAUUUUCCUAAUACACUAUAUAAGUGCCUUCCCUUCUUUCUGUGUAAGUCAAGUCCAGCAUGACCGAAGAGAAAGAGUUGCGUCUUUGUCUUUGGAGUUGCUACUAUUUAAAAUUAUCGCUGAUGUGGCCCUUAAAACGGGAAGAAUUCAAAUCGUCAAAGGGACUCUACUUGCGACUGCUCGUUUUUGUAAUAAUUUCGGGGUCCACAUUCACUGCCAUGAUUUUCAUGCAUCUGUACAAGUCUCUAAAAGUCGGUAGUUACGACGUCAGCGAAGAUUUGGCGAUUUUGGCCUCAAAUAUCGGUUACGUCCUCAUGAUGACGAUGUACGUAAGUAGGCAGAAGGACCUAGAACUGCUUUUGCUCGACUUGAGCGACUUCAAAACCUACGGCAAACCGCCAAAUUUCGACAAAGUCCGGAAACGGAUGGAUUUGUACGCGCAUUUGAUUUUUUUCUACUCCAUGUUCGGCAGUUUUGUCUACAACAUGGACAAGAUCAUCCUAAUUGACAAGUGCAAGGAAGCCAGAAGGAUCAACGAAGUCUGCGGGUCCGCGAUCCCCUUUUGGACGCCGUUCGAGACCGAAGAUUUGUUCACUCUCACUCUUGUCAUCACCUACGUGCUUAUAAACAUCUUCGUCGUGGUUAAAGUCGCGAUGACGGUCUCCGUCCAGGUUUUGGAAAUAUCCAGUCAUAUUAACUUGCGAAUUGAGCAGCUAAAAAUCUUCAUUGCCGGUUGUUUCGAUCGCGAUUUUAAGGCCAGUCGGGAACGGCUCGAUUUUUGCAUCAGAUACCACAAUGUCAUUAUUGAUUUCAGCGAGCGUUUCAGUCGGUGUUUCAGCUACGUCAUGUUCAUACACCUUGCGAUCACCGGAAUUAUCAUCGGUUGUUUGGAGAAUCAAAUUGUUCAGGAGCACCAGCCUGAAGCUAUGCUGCACAUGGGUGGCUGGAGCACGGCCACUUUCAUUGCCUGCUACGGCGGUCAACUUUUAAUGGAUGCGAGCACGUCAAUUGCCGAUGAGUUCUAUAAUUGUCCAUGGUACGAAGCGGACGUUAAAAUGAGAAAGGAUCUGAUCCUUAUUAUCCUUCGGGCCCAAAAAGCCUUAUUUGUAUCAACUGGACCUUUCAAUGUUCUCUCGUUUGCACUAUUCGUAUCGAUUAUGAAGCUAUCAUAUUCGAUCUUCACCGUCCUCAGUUAGAAAUUGGGUCAGAAAUUGGGGAAGCAAUCACGUUCAGCUCUUUCAUUUUUCCGUUCACCCAAUCACUGCUUUUACGCUGUAUUAAUACUUUAU